AUGGAAGAUACUGAAGAUAUAGAAAUAAGUGAAGAUGAAGAGGAAAUUACGGCAGAAACAGUUUUAAAAACACUUCAGAAUGCUUGGCAAAAUGAGCGUUUAGCUCCUGAAAUUCUACCUCAUCGUAACGAUAUGGUUGAGUGUAUGUUGGGGCAGAUACAGCACAUGGAACGAAAUAUAAACAAGCUCCCAAAAACAGACCUUCGGUCAUCUAUUCACAGGAUGGAAUUAAAUAGGAUUAAGUACAUAAUUUGCAAUUAUCUGAAGACUAGGUUAAAUAAAAUAGAGAAAUAUUGUAUUUCUAUUGUCAAUGAAGAAAAACAACGUAUUGAGACUGGAACAAAUUAUUUGACACAGUCAGAAUUUAGAUAUGCUCAAGAAUACUUAUUAAACAUGGAAAAUCAUUUAAAAAAUACAAUCCUUGAUCAUGUUCCUGGUAAUAUGCAAACAUUUGAAUUGAAUAAAAUGGCUGUUUAUCCCAAUUUACAGUCACAUAUAUUUUUAAAAGCAAAUUAUACUGUAAAUGGCAUAGUUUUGGAAGAUAUAUUAGGUGAUCAAGAUGAAGAAAUAGAUUUAGAAGAGGGUUCUCAACAUAUACUACAGUAUAAACCAAUAGCGGAUUUAGUGAAAAAUGGAAAAGUUCAGCUGGUA